UAUCGCAUAUUCAAUUUGUAAACUUGUUCUUGAUGUAACCCAAAGCUGAAAGACUCUUCAACACUUGUCGUACAAUCAUAAAAUCAAUACAAAUUAAUGGUAGAUUGAAAUUAGUUUAGAUUGAAAUAAUUAGAGAUAGAGAAUUACUUUUUACUAUUACACAUUGUUCAAAAUCGAACACCAAAUGAGUUGUAGCUCAACGGAAAUUAAGUUUAUUAAUAAUAAUAGUGUUCUAGAUUUGAAUUAACCAACCUACCAUUUAUAUUUUUAUACACAAAUGACAGUAAAAUAAUCAUUUUUUUUAAAUUUCAGGGGUGUCUCUCACUAUCAAUUAUAUUUUUUUUUUGUCUAUACGUAAAUUACCACCGGGGGUUGGAUAAUCAUUUUCCCGAAAUUUAGGGGUGUCCGGGGACACCGCUAAAACCCCUGGGUCCGCCCCUGGACACAACCGAUCUGUUUAGUUUCAUUUGAUUUAUACGAUCGUCAUGGUUGUGAUUUGUCAACUUCUCAACGAUCAAUAGAAUGAUACACAUUCACGAAGACGAAUUUGUCCCGCUAAUUUCCUUGCCCACUAUGGUCAAACAUCAUCUUUUAGGAUUCAUGUUAUAUAGAGAGUCCAUCCAUGGAAACAAAAUCCGAGGAAAUUAAAUAAAACCGGGUAUUUUAAUGCAUUAGAAUCUUGCUUUGUGGCCAUCGUAUCCGAAUAUGAUGAAAUGAAGAAGAAGAAGAAAAAAAAAAGAAGCUAACAAUACUAGUUACCAAACAUAUUUGUAAGGAUUAUGUGGCAAAUUGACAUUGGAUUUGGUUGAUAACUUAGAGAGCAUGACUCAGCCUAGGAGUUUUCUGGUAGGGCUUCACCAUCAAAGACAAUGAUAGUUUGCCUAACCAGAUGACCUUAUGACAUUAAGAGGCAAUGGUCCUAAUAACUUAUAAUACAAAUGACAAUCAAGCUCAACAAACAUGCAUGUGGAUCUCUGACCUUUGACCAUCUAGGGAAGUUGCCCCAAAAUUUAAGGGACUGCCAUUAACAAACCCUUCAAUACAAAUCUAGGGCAGGUGGACUGAAUCUGAUUGGGCUGUGUCCCUCUGCAAAUUGCCCAUGCUUCUCCACUUUUUGGAAAUAUAAAAUUCUAGGAAGUUUCAUUUUUGGGAACUAGCUUUAUUAACUAGUGUAAUUAACUUUCAAACGGUUGAAUGUAUUCCUAAUGAGAGACCUCUGUGGUAGAAUGUGAGGGUAAACCUUCAUCAUCAUCGUUGUCGGCUCAAUCAUAACAAAAGGCAAUUUAAAGCGCAUGAUUUGAUUAAUUUCGUACUAUAAUGUACAAGAGGAUAAUCUGUCGAACGGUGACAGCGACCGUCGAGUUAAGAAUCAUACUCUUUUGCCAGUGGAUCAUGAGUUCAUGACCAUACAAGGUGAAUGGACCUACCUUGUUACUCUACCUCAAUAAAGCGAAACAAUAUGCAACCCGUUACAUUAUCGUUAAUGCACAACCCGACAUAAAUAAAUCGACGAUAUUUUGAGUUCAACCCAUUUUCUUAGUCUCUUUUUGAACUUUCAUAUUCCAAAUGACACAUGGAAAAUAUGCAAAUAUCUACUCAAGUUAGUUGAAGGAAAACUCACUUGUAAUCCAAGAAUUGAGAUUUUGUGAAGACAAAGCUACAAACAAAUCAAGUCCCUCCAAUCCACUAUUCCUCCUAAAACCCUUAAUCUAAAACCUCAGCAUCUAUAAUCCAAUCCCGGGUCGGAUCUAUUUACCCCGACUCCAUUAAAAUAUAUAUCAAUCUUUCUCAGGCAAGUGGGUCAUUCAUUGCCCGCCAGCCCUCAUAAAAACUUCCAGAAAUGGAGCAAAAAUGGCCCAUCCCCUGUUUUCCCCUGUUUUUUUUUUUUCUAACUUCCUUCCUUUACUCUGUAAUCAUCUUUUGUCCAAUUGCGUAGCAGCUCGUUUUGCUUGCUUUCAGUAACCAAAAAAAGCAUAACCGGCGAACAAAGGCCCCACCUUUGGUCGACCAAACUCCGUUUCUCAUUCCUUUUCCAUCCCACGAGAGAGCUCCAAGCUAACUCACAAAACAGAGAGAAAAGCGAUUCUUUCUUUCUUUUCUUUUCCUCUGCAAUUUCGGUUUUUGCAGUAAUAUCUCCACAUCUUCUCCUUUCCAACCAAAUAUCCUUUUCUUUUUGAACAGGCCACCAAAUAUCUUUUUCUUUCUUUUUUUGCUGGCGCCUUUUUUCCUAACCCACGGCUGGGCUUCGAGGGCAGUAGAAGGCAAGGCUUAUUAGUUGGCUAGCUGGCUGUAUUUCAAUCUCCACACAUGUCUCCAUUUAAACCUCCCUCUCGUGAACCAUUUGGAUCUUCUUCUUCUUCUUCAUCCACCACCACCUUUUCCUUUGCUCCCCCUCAGCUUUGACAGAGUAAUACUUUCAUGGCUGCCCUGUCCAUUUCUAUUGUAAAGCUCAGAUCUUGAGUUCCAGAACUCUGCUGGGGGAAAAAGGGUUGGCAGAAAAACAAAAAAGGAGACAUGGGUUCUCAGAUUUUGGUUGUUCUGUUGUGCGUCCUAAGCUGCAGCUUUGUUUCAGUGUGCUCACAAGGCCAAGGUGGGAAUAAUACGAAUAAUAAUGUCACUGGCGCUAGUAACAUUUCAUCUGUUGUUCAAGGAACUGUUGUGGUGGAUGGGGACAACACCAUUGGGAGAACUGAUGAAGAUUUCAUUUGUGCCACUUUGGAUUGGUGGCCUCCUGAGAAAUGUGACUAUGGGACUUGCGCUUGGGACCAUACUUCCCUCAUCAACCUUGAUCUCAAUAACCAAAUUCUGUUGAAGGCAAUACAAGCCUUUUCGCCAUUGAAGAUCAGGUUGGGAGGGACGUUACAGGACAAAGUCAUAUACGACACACCAGACAACCACCAGCCUUGUGUUCAAUUCAUCAAGAACACAAGUGAGCUUUUCAGUUUCACUGAAGGCUGCUUGCCUAUGUACAGAUGGGAUGAAUUGAAUGCCUUCUUCAACAAAUCAGGGGCUAAGAUUAUAUUUGGACUGAAUGCUCUAAUGGGAAGGACUAUUCAGCCUGAUGGUUCUGCAGCUGGAGCUUGGAACUACUCAAAUGCUCAAUCUUUCAUUAACUACACAGUCAGACAUAACUACUCCAUUCAUGGGUGGGAGCUUGGAAAUGAGCUGAGUGGAAGUGGAGUGGGAACCAACGUUGCAGCAGAUCAGUAUGCUUCUGAUACAAUCUCCCUGCAUGACAUUGUGCAGAAUAUUUACAGUGGGAUUGAACCAAAGCCCUUGGUUAUCGCACCAGGAGGAUUCUACGACACCAAUUGGUUCCAAACUUUGAUCACGAAAGCAGGAAAUUCAGUGAAUGCCAUCUCCCACCACAUUUACAAUCUUGGUCCAGGAGUCGAUCCAAAUCUCGUGGAGAAGAUUCUUGACCCGAGUGUGCUUGACAAUGUGGUUGAGUCGUUUAGAGGCCUACAGAGCCUCCUCAGGAGCGCUGGAAGCUCGGCAACUGCAUGGGUUGGUGAGGCUGGUGGAGCUUAUAACAGCGGCCACAAUCUCGUCUCCAAUGCAUUUGUGUAUAGCUUUUGGUAUUUGGAUCAGCUUGCACUUGCGGCUUCACACGAUACAAAGACUUACUGCAGACAAUCUCUGAUAGGUGGUAACUACGGGCUCCUCAACACCACCACAUUCGUGCCUAAUCCUGACUAUUACAGUGCUCUUCUUUGGCAUCGAUUGAUGGGACGAAAAGCUUUGGCAACGAGCUUCUCUGGGUCGAACAAGCUACGAGUAUAUGCUCACUGCUCAAAGUACUCCAAACGAUUUACACUUCUGCUGAUCAAUCUGGACAACAGCACAACAUUUGAAGUCAACGUAGGCGUCAACAGAACCUUCACCCAGCAGCAACAUAACAACCAGAAGUGGCACAAGCACCAUAGUCAUCAUAGGUCAUACAGUAGUACCAUUCGGCUUCCUCAUCGUUCAAAGAUUGGAAAAAUGAUGAGAGAAGAGUACCAUCUAACAGCAAAAGACGGGGAUUUGCAUAGCCAAACAAUGCUACUGAACGGAAAGAUUUUAAGUGUAGAUUCAAACGGGGACAUACCUUCGUUCGAGCCUUCCCGUGUAAACUCAUCGGAGUUGAUAUCAGUAGCUCCUCUUUCGAUUGUGUUUGCUCGUAUCCCGUAUAUUCUUCCUGCUUGCAGGUAGGUAGCUAGUAGCAUGGGAACUGGAAAUUUGGUUCCACUAGAGUGAUUGAUUAAGAAGACAAUAAGAGAGGGGAUAAAUCAUCCCUUCUUUAUGUUGAUUUUUAAUGAAGUGAAAAUAUAAGAGAAAGAUCCUUGACAAAAUAUGAAGCUCUGUGGUAAUGGAGAUUUUCAAUAGAAUGUACAAAUGAUA